AUGGAACCUUACGAGGCAUUGUAUGGUAGAAGAUGUAAGACACCUCUAUGCUGGGUAGAUUCCAGUGAGAGCAUUGCCUUAGGACCUGAGGUGCCCUUGCCACCAUCUCUCUCAAAUCUCCAUAGUGUCUUCCAUGUCUCUCAGCUCAGAAAAUAUGUUCAUGAUUCGUCGCACGUGAUCGAGUUGGACAACGUUCAAGUGAAAGAGAACUUGACAUAUGAAACACUGCCACUGAGAAUUGACGAUCGUAUGGUUAAACAACUAAAGGGGAAGGAGAUUCCCUUGGUCAAAGUAGUAUGGGGAAGUGCUUCAGGUGAGGAUGCCACCUGGGAACUAGAGGGUCAGAUGUGUGAUGCAUAUCCUACCUUAUUUGAUACCAGUGAGCCAUUAUAUGAUGAGUUUCAUGCUAGAGAUGGAGAGACUUAG